CUCUCAGUAUUCAAAGAGGUAAAUUUGGAACGACUUUGAGCCGUAUAACCAAUGAAUUCCACUGCGUACGUGAUUGUGACGUAUUAAGCCUUUAUAUCAGGAAUUGACAGCGGAAAAUAGAUUUUGUGACGCAAAGUGGCUUCUCCUCGGUUCACCUUUUGCGAUCCUUAAGGAUAUUGCUGUUGUGUUUGGAGUGAGUUAUUUGUUUUGAAGGGAAAUCGAAUUGUUUUUUCUUCAAUAGUUGUCGAUGCUGUAUACUAUAUCACAUUUUGCCUUUGGAUAAGAAGUCCGGUUUGCAUUGACCUUCGUAUCACACAUCAUUGGUUCAAGAGGAAUAUGUCAAUAUAUUUUGCAGCUUACCGCUAACUUAAAGGGCUGGAUACAGGAAGAUUUUCAAACUUCUGUCAGAGACACGAAGCAUUGAGAGAAACCUUUAGAAUGCUAACCAAACUGAAAACUUCCUGAGCGUUUGUCUCUUGUUGCAACAAGAGACAAACGCUCAGGAAGUUUUCAGCCAUUUUUACCUGUGUGUUUGUUACUUCCUACUUGUUAGUGAACGUACAAGACGACCAAAUCAGAGAGACCACCGGCUCGAGAAACUCUCAUGUUGUGAAUAUCACGGAAUACACAAUGAAAAGUAAGGUCUCGCCACCUUUUAUUUAUCUCACGCAAACUGAGCAAUGCCUUACACCAAGUCUAAUCCAAACUCUGGAAUUAAGCGAUGCUUCGAAAUGUCGUUGCGAUGUCAUCGUUUUGAGUUAUAAAACUGAAUGCCGAGAAAAGAGCGCACCACACAUCACGUACUUGUUUGGCAAUGAAACAACCUGGGGUUCCGGUCGAAAUCAGCUUUAUUUCCAAGCAGUGCAAAGAAGACUUGACUACCUCUAUUAUAUCUUCCUCGAUGAUGACAUCACUCUGAAGUUCAGCGAGGCAGCAACUCCAGAAAUGAAGCGACUCACUCCAAUCAGCGUUUUUCAAGACUGGCUUCUGGAUUACGAGCCCGCUGUAGGCGUAGGUGAUUACGAAGGACAUGAUGGAUCAAGUACGCUCCGUUCAAGAAUGCGACGGGUUUGCAAUAAAAGGGUUGAUAAAAAAACCACGCUUGCAAAUCCCACCAUAUUAUUCGACCCUCUGUUUAAUGCGUUCCACGCCAAGGCAGUAAGCCAUAUAUUUCCGAUGGAAAUCAGCCACGAAGAACGCAACUGGUGGCUCACAGAUAAGUAUGUUGCCUCAGUCGUUGAGUUGAAAUUUCGCGGACAAGCGCUGAUGUUUUUCCCAGUAGCUGUAGUGAACUUACUACAUCGCCCUUAUCCACAAUCAUCUCAUGGAACUAACAAAGCUUGGCAAGGGUUUAUUGAAGCUAUUCAGGAGAGAGCGCCUACUCAAUUCAAAUACCACGCUUUAUUCAGGACAUUUCGCAGAAGUCCAAGAGUUUACAUACAAAGAUCGCGGACAUAUUGCGUGGAAAUAAUUCGUCACCAGGACAUCACGCCGUUUGCACACUUUGCAUCUCGCCGGACAGUCAGAAAUCAAGCGAGGUUCUCUUGAAUCUUUUAUCUAUAGUUUAAAUGAUAAUGUCGCGCAAAUUUUUAUUCAUUUUUCAAGAUUUUUGAAAUUUCAAGUGGGAGUCUAUUCAGUUUUUGAUAUUACUGUACAAAGUUCUUAACCCGUUUUGUUUAUUAGUUUAUUUAGUUACUUAGUUUUGGAAUACGAGCACCAAGUUUUGUAAAGAUUUUCAGUACUAUAAAGUAAGGUGGUUUAUAUAAAUCAUGUAAAGAAAUAAGUCACACAAGAAACAUAGAACAAAGCGUAUCAAUUUGUUAUAUUGGUGUUAUGAU